AUCCUGCUCUUCGCGGAUUUAGACCAAACCAACAAGCUGAUCUGGUCCAGCCGCGGCCCCAAGCCGAGCGCCCUCGGCGCCGAGCAGCCCGAGGAGAUGUACCAGACCCUGGCCAUCUCGGCCGCCCAGGGCCCCACGCCUUACGACGGAUCUCCGGGCGGCUUCAUGCACUCCACGCCUAGCUCCCCCGUCUACGUGCCUACGACCCGCGUGGGCUCCAUGCUGCCCACGCUGCCGUACCUGCAGGGCAGCGGGGCGGCCCAGCCCAGCCACCCGGGCAGCGGCCACGCCGUCUGGUCCCAGUCGGCCGCGGAGAGCCCCUCAUACAGCACCGGCGGCGGCUCCCACCCCUCGGGCCGCUUCCCCUACUCCCCCAGCCCGCCGGUGGCCAACGGGGCCUCCCGGGAGCCCGGCGCCUACAGCAACAGCCUGGGCGCCAGGGACCAGUACAGCCCCCUGGCCCGGCCGCUCAACGGCUCCUACCCGGGGCCCUACACGUCCUACGUGGGGCCGCAGCUGACCCCCGCCUGGCCCACGGCGCCCUUCGAGAACUCCAUGCUGCACUGCCUCCAGGGCCGGGCCGCCCCCAUCCCCGUUCGGGCACCCAGCGCAGAGCUGCUGGAGGACCUGUCCGAGAGCCGGGAGUGCGUCAACUGCGGCUCCAUCCAGACCCCGCUGUGGAGGAGGGACGGCACCGGCAACUACCUGUGCAACGCCUGCGGGCUCUACACCAAAAUGAACGGUCUCAGCCGGCCCCUCAUCAAGCCCCAGAAGAGAGUGCCCUCGUCCCGGCGGCUAGGCUUGUCCUGUGCCAACUGCCACACCACAACCACCACCCUGUGGCGCAGGAACGCGGAGGGCGAGCCUGUCUGCAACGCCUGCGGCCUCUACAUGAAGCUCCAUGGGGUUCCCCGACCUCUUGCUAUGAAAAAAGAAGGAAUUCAGACCAGGAAGCGAAAACCUAAGAACAUAAAUAAGUCAAAGGCAUGCUCUGGUAGCAGUACUACUGCGGUUCCUAUGACUCCAACAUCCACGUCUUCUACUAACUCAGAUGACUGUAGCAAAAACGCUUCUCCCAGCACACAGACUGCAGCCUCCGGGGCGAGCUCGUCAGUGAUGUCUGGCCCAGGAGAGAGCACCAGUCCUGAAAGCAGCAACCUUAAAUAUUCAGGUCAAGACGGGCUGUACACAGGAGUCAGCUUGACCUCCACGGCCGAAGUGACGGCAUCCGUGAGACAGGAUCCCUGGUGUGCCCUGGCUCUGGCGUGACCCGGUGCGAGGGAAGCUGGAUCCCGGCUCUGCGCAGCAGCCCCCAGGCGUCCGUACACGGUUUCUUCUGCAGAGCGGUCGCCACAGCAGCGGGAGUGCUGGCAAAGACCAUUCCUCUGAAAUUGUUUUUGUGCCUUGGCAGCAGAGGUGUUUUUGAACCUUCAAAAGAGGGUCUGCUGAAGCAUCCAGUUCCUCAUCUAUGCAAGAAAAAUAUAGAGAAAGCAAAUGCCCACCGGGGGAUACCUAAUGCAGCCUUACACUCUCAAAAAA